GAUACGAUUUAAUGGGCCAAGCUAUAUGCCUUCGAAGACUCGUGUACGAUUACUUGGCAAGCGAACCGUGGCACUGCCGUUUAAAAUCAGUGUGCUGUCCUCCGAGAAUCGCACGCGUCUUCGUUCCGUCGAACGACGAUAUUGUGACGUGUGUUCGUGCUGUGUUGGCUGUCAGUGUGCUCGUACAUCGAAAACUGUGAUCGUACUCCGUCCGACCGUUUUUACCGAUCGCUCGAUUCCGAUGUGAAUACAUGACUACGCUGUCGCGACGUGCACGGAUCGUCCUCGAGAUUUCGCGAGAUUUGUUUACAAGCAGAACUCGAUCGCUCGAAACUCGGGGCGGUUAUAGGUAGAAGGUGCAGCCGAAAAAGUGACAUCGCCGAGACGGAACGCAAUGUUAUCUCCAUAAUCGGUUCGAUGGACAGUGCCGUAUCAUGCGUGUGGGUUCGAGUGAAAUACGCUUGUGAGCCCGAGGUGUGUACCGUGUCUAGGUGCGAGUGGCCGCGAGACCACCCGAGGGGGGAGAUAUCGCGCGUUAUCUCUUUCUCACGUUCGAAUCAAGAUUUUUACCGCGAAUGAGAAAAUGUUUAACUUUAUGAAGAAAGCCACGGAAAAGGACGACAAGGAGAAGAGGAAGCGCGAGAAGAAGGAGCGAAAAGAUGUGAAGAAACGAGACCGCAGUAGCAUGUCCGCCGAAGAAUUGCUACGUUUGGACGAAGUUCGAAGGUCAUUGAAGAUUCCUGGGCGUAGAAAGGAGAAGCAGAAACUGCCAAGUGGCAUCACCGCAGACUACAGUGCCUCAUUUUUCGCCUACUUGGACCGCGAUCUGUUGGAAAACUCGCAGAAUUCAGCAAAUUCUGGCGAGAGUUUGCGCGGUGGGAACAAUUUGUCGAACAAGACGCACGAUGGUUUGACGCAGAGCGACUCCUCGGAGAUAUCCCUGACUUCUUUGACCAUCGCUAGCACAACCUCCACGGUAACGUUGACGGACGUUACCGACUGCACGGGAAAGAACUUGCCACCGUUACCACCGAAACCUCCCAAACGUGGGAUUCUGAAAGGAUCACGUUUGAACAUCAGUGGUAUGGCGAACACCUCCGAGGAGAGCGCAUUGUCGAACGGUGACGAAGUUAACUACCAAGAGGCUAGUAAUUUAUUAGUGAGAAACACUUUGCAAAACGAGAUGAUAGCUUAUCAGAAUGUACCCACGCAUUUGUCGGGAUUUGGGAACGCUGUAAAUAUAGAAGAAUCUUGCAGAGGACAAGAGAUGCAGACUGGUCCGAGUUUGUGGCAAAUCUCACCUCAACGAUCUGUUCAACAGAAUCAGCAGCAACAGCAACAGUACCAUCAUCAUUAUCAUACUGUACAUCAUCAGGGUGAUACGAAACUUCUGCAGGUAGUAACUAGCGCGAGUCCCUCGGCAGACUCUUUGACCGAUACGACGAAUUCGAGUUUUGCGACUCCACCCUUCAGCUUGUCGCCAGUAGGGGAAUCCCAAGGUUUCUCAAGAUGGCGAUCGUCAGCGUCGUUCGAGGAACAGGGUGUCGAAUUACAACUCCCCGAAAUUGUUCCCAUCGAACUUCCUGAGCCCAGGGAAUUGACGAUUCAUAGACAACCACCGCCUCGAAACGAUUUUGGAUUUUCCUUGCGUCGAGUCGUGAUCGUCAAACGAUCCACGGGCGGCGUUGCGCAAAUGAAAUCGGUGAUUUUUGCAGAACCUGGUUCCUUGGUACAAAACAACAAUGACACUGGCUUGUUGCCUGGCGAUAGAUUGAUCGAGGUUAAUGGGAUCGACGUGGACGAUAAAUCGCGCGAGGAAAUCAUAGACUUCAUCAAACGAUCUGGCACUAGUGUCACUGUACGAGUGCAGCCAGUGGCAGAACUUUCAGAAUUAUCAAGGCGAAGUGCUACCGAUGGACAAGCUGAGCUUGCAGUCACCAAUAGCAGUACGCUUUGUCACCGUGGAAAUUUGCGGUUUCACGAUAAUGUGGCACGAUCGGAAGAGCAUCUAGCACAAGAGCAAGAAUGGCUAAAUUAUGAAACAAUUUGGUUACUGCAUCGAGGUGGGUUUACUCUUGCGACAAAGUAUAAUUCAGCAGAUCCAGAUACAGGAAAGCUGAAAAUUCGUUUGAUCGCUUCUGGUGAGGAACUUCUCGUCGACGAAGAAGACAUCGAAAAGGCCAAUCCGCCACAGUUCGACAAAGUUGAAGAUCUCACACGUUUACGGUUUUUGAAUGAAUCCUCCGUUCUUCACACAUUGAGACAACGUUACGCUAGUAAUUUAAUUCACACUUACGCAGGAGAUAGUAUGAUUAUUAUCAAUCCAGUGGUACCAUUGGCAAUUUACUCAGAAAAGGUGGCCCUCAUGUUCAGGGGAUAUAAGACUGAAGAUAUGCCACCGCAUAUUUACGCAAUGGCGCAAACAGCCUAUAAAGGAAUGUUGGCAACUCGAAGGGACCAUUCUUUAGUUUUUCUUGGUCGUAGUGGGUCAGGCAAAACUACAAAUUUUAAACACGUACUUCAUUACCUUGUAUUGGCUGCGGGUACAGUUAAUAAGAUCUUGACUAUUGAAAAGCUCAACGCCGUCUUCACAGUCCUGGAAGCUUUUGGAAAUUGUAGAACACACAUGAACUCGAACGCAACGCGUUUCACACAACUUUUUAGCUUGGACUUUGACCAAUCAGGGCAAAUAGCUUCAGCCUCUUUACAGGUACUACUUUUGGAGAAGUCGAGGAUAGGCAAAGGAACAAACGGUGAUCCAACUUUCCACGCAAUUUAUCGUUUGCUAGCAGGUGCUGAAGGUGUCUUGAGAAAGGAAUUGCAUCUUACCAAUUUAGUCGCGGAAAAUAAUCCGUUCAUUACACCCCUUCAGAAGCACGAGGAUAAACAACGAGCCAUGGUUGAGUUCAAUCGGAUCGUGGCCGCGUUCAGAAUCCUCGGCAUUUCUGAGACAGACGAGAAGGUUAUUUGGCUGGUGCUCACUAGUAUAUAUCAUCUAAGUUGCGCGGGUGCUGUUAAAAUUGGUACUAGCUCGCAAAGUCGUUGGCAGUUUGGCAGAGUGGAAUGCGCGGAGAAAGCUGCCACGUUGUUGGGUACUACUGUCGAGGAACUGAGUAGAAUAGUCUUUUCCUCUAAUGGAGGAGGUGCUGGUACACCGAAUACUCCAAGACCUGCUCUUCGAACGCCAAGUCCUACAGAGCAAAGUAAAGACUUCGCAGGUCUUGACGCCCUCGAAGCCCUCCUCAUCGGACUUUACUCCGAAGCAUUCCAUUGCAUCGCGGCUCUUAUCAACAGAUCCAUAUCAUCCUCUGUGCACACGGUAGCAACUUUGUUGCUCUGCGAUUCACCAGGUUUUCAGAAUCCUGCCACAUGUGGAAGACAAACCGGAGCAUGCUUCGAAGACCUUUGCCAUAAUUAUUUACACGAACGCUUGCAACUACUCUUUCAUCAUACAACACUAGUGGCGCCGAAAGACAGGUACGUCCAAGAAGGAAUCGAUGUAGAUUAUGAAGACGACUGUGACGAACUUGGUAUUGGAUCGCCUCAAGCUUUGAUUUCGCUGUUAGAUCGUGGGAGUUCACAAGGUGCCACGAUGUUGCGAACUAGUCAAAAUGACCUCACUGGAAGUAGGCAAAUCGAGCGAAAGGGUCUUUUAUGGUUGUUGGACGAAGAAACAGUAUGUCCAGGAGGUAGCGAUGAGACAUUUCUCGAUCGACUGUUUUCACAUUACGGUGAUCGAGAUUAUCAAAUGCUCUUAAGAAAGGCGCCUGGUAACAACCAAUUUAUUUUACAACAUUUGUUGGGUACCAAUCCUGUACUCUACACGGCAACGGGAUGGCUUAAAGCUACGCGAGAGCACCCUGUCACAAAAAGUGCUAUUACGAUCCUCCAAGAAAGCAUAAGAGAAGAUGUAAGGAAGUUGUUUAUAAGCGCCCGCGGGGCUGGAGUAUCUGGAACUUUAUGUAGCUCGAUGUCUGGCUUGGAAGGUUCUCAAUCUUUAAGAAGAGCUUCGAGUAUUCGACGAACGUUUACGGCUGUGAAAAGAAAAAACGUCUGUUUGCAAGUGAAAUUUACUGUAGACGGGCUUGUCGAAACUUUGCGGAGGACUCGAGUCAAAUUCAUCCAUUGUAUAUUGCCGCAACACAAUUCCGGGUGUACCGAUAAUAAGAGUUUGUUAUCUGUAAAAUCAAAUCAAAGCGAAGACAACGUCAUCAAUGUACCUCUUUUGCGUUCACAGAUCCGUGGAAGUCAGAUAAUCGACGCUGUUCGUCUGCAUAAAGUCGGAUUUCCUAAGCACAUGGCUUUAGGUGAGUUCAGAAGACGAUUCGGUUUAUUAUCAACUGACUUUAACGCACGACCGAGUAGUCCCAUAGCCGACGAACGACGUGCCGUGGAGGACAUGCUGUUGACCGUUGACAUAGAUCCUGCUACGUACAGAGUUGGUCAAAGUCAGAUAUUUUUCAGAUCGGGGACUCUAGAACGAUUCGAGGCUCAAAGAGAUGAGAAGCUAACUGGACAUAUUAUUCUUCUUCAAGCAAGAUGUAGGGGUUAUCUGGCACGUCGUAAACUCAACACUUUGAAAUUGCAAGACCUUGCGGUUAGAUGCAUACAGAGGAACAUCAGAAAAUGGAUGUCUGUAAGAGAAUGGGCAUGGUGGAGAUUAUAUAUAAAAGUUGCACCUUUACUGAACGUUCAUCGGACCGAAGAUCAAUUGAAGGCAAAAACGGAAGAACUGGAGAUUCUCCGAGCCAAGGUCGAAAGGCUGGAACAGGAACGCAAUCACCUAAAACGUGACAACGACAUACUGGAAGCUAAGCUAAGCGAGAUAUCCGCCGACUUUGCAGAAGAACAUUCGACUUCGACGUUGGCAGCGGAGAGAAUCAACGCGGAGACGUCUGAACGUUUACGGCUCGAGAGAGAACUUCAAGAUGUGACUGUUGCUCAUAAGAAUCUUCAGCAGGCAACCGAACGUUUGGAAAUGGAGCUCCUGUACGCAAGAGCCGCCGAUUUAAACGGAGUCGCGUCCGACGUUGAGGAGGGCGAGGAUGGUGGGGUUUAUAAACAGAGGUACGAGCAUGCUGUGAGGGAACUUGAAUUCACUAAACGAAAAAUGACCCAACAGCAUGAGGAUGACCUCGAACAACUAGUCGGGCUUAAGAAACAAUUGGAGAAAAAGUUAGCCGAUGCCUAUGAGGAGGUUGAAGAACAACGUCAGGUCGUUGGACAAUGGAAGAGACGUGUACAAAAACUGAACGGAGAAAUGCACGACCUAAGACUUUUAUUAGAAGAACAAACAACCAGAAACAAUCUUUUAGAGAAAAAGCAACGCAAGUUUGAUUCGGAAACACAGAAUCUACUGAACGAUCUUCGACAAGAAAAAGCGCAACGCGAGAGGGUGGCUAGAGAAAAAGAGAUUGCAAUCGCAGAGAAGUUCACCAUAGAGCAGAAUCUGAGUGAUGCGAGGCUAGAGAUUGAGUUGAAGGAAGAAAGAUUGCGAACGUUGAGCCAAGAACUCGAAGAGCUGACUUUUGGCGGCAAGACAGAAGAGGAAGUAGCGCAUUUAAAGAAAGCCAAGCACGAAUUGGAGAAAAGAGUGAAAGAUCAAGAAGAGGAACUGGACGAUCUCGCUGGCCAAGUACAACUUCUCGAGCAAGCGAAGUUGAGACUUGAAAUGAGCAUCGAGCAACAGCGUAAGGAAAUGCGCAAAGAAAUGCAGUUGCGGGACGAAGAAUUAGAAGACGUACGGGGCUCUGCGCUUAAGAAAGUUAAAGCUCUAGAAUCACAGUUGGAAAACGAGCACGAGGAGAGGACAAUUCUGCUUCGCGAGAAACACGAAUUGGAACGUCGCUUGGUGGCUAUCGAAGAACAGGAUAGAACUGAGCGUGCUAUAGAAGCUGAAACCAUGCACAGGUUGAAGAGAGAUCUAAAGAGGACGAAAGCGCUCCUCAGAGAUGCUCAAACGAUGCUCGAGAGAUCUAAAGGAGAGUCGACGGGCAAGGCAGCGUUACGGCAAUUGAAGAAUCAGUUGGAGGAUGCUGAGUGUGCUAGAGCAGUUGCGAUAAAGGCGAAACAGGCGUUGGAGUUGGAAUUAAAUGAGAUACAAGCCUCACUCGACGAAGCGCUACGGCAACGUUCCGAGGUGGAGGAGCGCGCUAGUAUAGCCAAUCGUGAGCGAACCGAAUUACUCUCUCAACUGGAAGAAAACGAAGAAGAGCUCGCAGAAGUUUUAAAGAAGUAUCGAGCAGCGGUUCAACAAGUAUCUACGGAACAGGGACAGUUACAAGAGGCGCAAAUACAAAUCACCGCUCUGGAGACGGAGAAGUCCUCGUUGAAAGAUCAACUUUUGGAACUGACUCAACGACUAGAGUCCGUGGAGCAACUCGGAGAUCCUACGGCAAAUAGCCUCGUCACGAGACGAUUGGAAUUUCGCACCAAAGAACUUGAAAGUAAACUUGAACUGGAACAAACGACAAGAGCACGUUUGGAAACUCAAAUAGCAAGAUUGAAAGAAAACGUUGAGAAGCUGCAAAUUGAAUCGGCAUUGCUGAGAACGAAGGAACAGACUGCCCAAGACGCUGCAAGAAGAUUGCAAAAGUCGUUGCGCGAAGCGAGAGAAGAAGUGAACUCUGCAGUGGCGCGUGAACAAGAGGCUACGCGAGCUCACCGCGAAUUGGAGAAGUCUCUCGAGGCUGCAGAAGCGGAGACCAAAAUCGCCAGAGAUGACCUCCGAUUGGCGCUUCAAAGAAUCGACGACUUGCAAAGCGCUAUUCAGGGUGAACUCGAUUUGGAUUGCAGCGAAGAAGCAACGACCGAAAACAGCGAUAGCGAUUGAUCGGAAUCGACGUAGGAUCUCCAGUCCGAUGAAAGCAGGAACGAAGAACCAACUGCUGUACGCAUAGCCGAGGAUCUCCUUGACAAGCCAUUGUUUGUCAACAAAUGACACGUUCACUGCCCCAAUAGUCAGAGAUUGGUGUCGCUCGUGGGACUUGGAAAUCCAUAAUCUUUGCGUCAUUGCUCACCUCACUCGUACACGAAUCGAAAACUGAGAGAUGGCCUGACAUUCGUAUAGAUGAGGGAACAAUGAACGUAUUAAGUUAAAGAAAUGAUAAAACAUGCGUGCGCAGUAAAUCAAGCACGAAGAAUGCUAUAAACAAACAUGCUAAUUCGGAAUAGGCAGGCUUAGUUUCUCAUCGUCAAUGUCGUCACGACUGUUCAUCGAUAUCAAAGUAUUAUUUUCACAGUAACAAAUCAAAAUUGAAGGCUGAAAAUCAAAUAACGA